UCAAAACGCGAUUUUACGAUGUCGAUGGGGUGAAGCCUAAUCAUGUCGCAUCCUAUAGCGGUGACAAAAGGCUUAGAUCGGAAGAAGUAGUAGGAGAGGGAUGGCUGCCUGUCGUCACCAUCCUAAGAUAAAAUUUCAGUCAUUCCAUCCUGACCUUUAGAGAAGCAAACUCCAAUAAUCCUCUUCCUCAAGUUGAGCCCAACCUAGUGCAAGAAAAUAGUCAUUGCGAUCAUACUACAAGAUGAGUGUCGCUGAACCAGAAGAUGGCAAUCCAAGCGAAGAUCAUCAGCACCUCUCGAUUCCGUCUGGUGGAGCAGAUCCUAGACGCUCCUGCUCAUCCGUCGCGUCCUCAACCUAUACAUUGAUCGAAGAAGACCCUGACAUAAUUAAACACCCGGCUGCUAUCCAUCGAAGAAGGACCCAAGUUGCAGUAGUCAGUCUAUCAUGGUGGGAUUGUGUCAAAGGUUUCUUCCUUGGGCCAGGUAAAGUGAAGCCGAAGUUGACCGCGACCGCGGAGAUUGCAGAUUUGGAGGAUGCAGACGAAAAGAUGUUUGACGACAAGACUGAGUGUCCGUUCUUCCUCACUGUUUCGGUCUUUCCAUGCCAAGGAUCUGAUGUUGUUGAGCGCCAAGAAGGGAGAUGUGUGUUGGAUACAGCAUGCUUGCAGGGAAAUAUCAUAUCUAUCGAAUUUGCGCAUCGCCUUGGCUUCACCCAAUUCAAGUCUCUGAAACCAAGAGAAAGGAACGGAGGGAUUGUUGCCUCGGGAAAUAUUCACAACGUAUCGGGCGCCAUUCACGUUUCCUGGUACCACUGUACCAGUUCCAAGGUUUUUAGAAACAUGCGAUUCCUCGUCUCGGAAAGUGCACCAGUAGACAUGGUGAUUGGGACCCACUCGAUCGUAAGGCAUCAAUUGAUUUCGCCUCCGAACCUCUUUAUAGACAUCGAAAAUGAACCUGACCCAGAUCGAGAUGAACUUAAGGGCGCCGUAGUACAGAAGGACGGAGAAGUUCAUGCAGCCAGACAAGCUCUCCAAGAAGCUAUGAACACGCCACAGUACGCUCAACUGGAGAAACAGCUUGAGAUGAAAAAAGAGGAGCUUCGCGUGGCGAAUUGGAUGGUUGACCUGUACGAUGCAGAUGUAUGGUUGUGUGAGUUAAAAAAGAAACCAAAAUCUGCCACGCAAGUGGAGAAAAGAUUCCAUGAAGCGGUUGAGUUCGAAGGCGGUGAGAAGGACGAGAAGAAAAAGGUGGAAAGAGCCCUACAGGAGUUAAUUACCUAUCGCAACCCGGAGCAAAGAUCAACCCCCAAAGAAGAAAUCAAUGGCGCCGAAGCCAUUCUGGCAUCGAAUUCAAAUAUUCGAGCGAGUUGA